AAAAAGGAUAAAUAAAAUAAAUUGGAGAAUUAAAUUUAAAUUCGUUAUUUUGUUGCUAAACAAAAAACAUUUUGUGAAUAUUUUUCUCACGAUAAAGCAUUGAUUAUGGGUUGAACUUUGAGCGCAAUUUUGUCGAACGCCUGCUGAUACUACUACUGUUACUACUACUACUAUGAUAGAUUGGCUAACAGUAUAAACAUACAAUCACGCAAACCGACAACAGAAAUAAUAAUAAUAAUAAUGAAAGAUGUUACCUUUUAAUUCCCCAAAACAUGGAUCAUUAAUCUGUAAAUUCAAAAUCAACACUUUCAUGAUAGUGCAUGAUAGGUUGUAAAAAAAUUUAUGAAAAUGUAUAUAAAAUGCAAUGUUCACCUGUGUAUUGGUCUAUUUUUCUGUACAUAUCUUGUCAAUGGUAUAGCGUGCAAUGAAUUUGUUGAGAUCCAUGAUCUACCUAAAUUUAUCAUGGAACCAAUCGAUCGAAUCUAUUAUUCACCUAGUCAAUUGUCUAUAUCACAAUUUAUUCCUAAAUUUCAUUUGUAUGCAUUGAUUGCACCAAGAAAUGCAACUAUUCAACUUGGUGCUGUACAUAAAGACAAACCAAAUUUGAUUAUCUAUUUGCCUACUAUACAAGAAUAUUCUACCGAAGCCUAUUCAAUGAGAUUUGCUCAAAUCUAUGCCAAAAUCCAAUCAAUUUCAUUGCAUGAUAAUUUCGCACAGUUAAAUGAUUUCAUUUCAUUUAGCAAUAACAAUGUUCAUAGUAGUAUCAGUAGUAUUAGUAGUAGCAGUAGUAAUAAUAAUAAUAACAAUAAUAUUCUUAUCAAUAAUAAAGAAAAUAUAAAUCUUUGGUCCAUUGUUGUAUAUAAUUUUUUGCCAGAUAUGAAAUUACUAAUUUUAGCUACUACAAAAUAUGGUACUAUUUCUAGUCAUUUAAUUGAAAUGAAAACAAGUGUUCUUCCAGAGUUUCCACCUCAUUCUGAUAAAUAUUUAUCACUUCUUAUUGGGAAUACAGCAAUGGUUACAUGUCAUUUACCAUUGUCACAACCAUCAUUACCUACAGUAUACUUUUAUCAUAAUAAUAUAAAAUUAGAUUUAACACAAUCUGAUCGAUAUAGUUUAAUUUAUAUCGGUGGUGAUGAUUCUGGUCUACCAUGGGAAACACGUUCAUACAAACCGCAUUUUAAACAAGAAUAUGACAAAACACCUAAACCAAGUGCUGUUGUAUUGCUAAUUCAUUCCCUACAACUUUCUGACACUGGACAAUAUUAUUGUUCAGUUAGCUUAUUUGAUAAAACAGUUUCAUCCAAUCAGAGGACUCAUCUGGUUGUUACAAAACCGAAUGAAAAAAUCCGUACACAUUUAAGAUUUUCAUCGGAUGAUUCUGAUUUAUCCUAUUUGUACAAUACUAAUAACGAUGAAACUCAGUUCAAUGCUGUUGUGAAAACAACUCACCGGAAUGACAAUACAUCAAAUACAAUGAAAGAAAUAAAAAUUUAUGAAAAUACCAAUUUGACGUUAUUUUGUAUAUUUGAAAGUGCGCCGGUUGUUUCAACACGUUGGUAUUAUGAAGGAUUUAUGGAUAAUAUUGAAAUUAAUCAAAAAUUUGGAGUAUUAAUCAUUAAAUAUGCUAGAAUGGAAAAUGCAGGUAUUUACACUUGUUCAGUGGAUAAUUCUCAUGCAAAGUUGAUUGGAAAAUCUUUUCGAAUUGUAGUAUUAAGAUCACAAUCAUCGACCAGUUCAUUAAAUCCAAAAGUAAUCAUCACUGAAAUCGGUCAACAGGUCAUACUAAAUUGUAACAACAAAUCACAAACAAAUAAUGUCAUUAAUGAACAGCCUAUACCAUUUCCAAAAUUACCAACACGUGAUGAAUGGCAGAAAUGGGAUUUCAAUGAACGAAUCAAUCAGUCAAAAUACCACAACGCGAAUCGAUAUGACAAAAGAAAGCCAAAUUAUUCACCAUACAGAAGAAAUAAAUGGAUUCAUAAUGGUCAAUUUGUCAAAAUUAAUCAAGCUGAAAAUCAUUAUGAUUUUGAAGAUGGAUCACUGAAAAUAACAAAAAUUACAAAAUCCGAUACAGGAAUCUAUCAGUACAUGCAAAUUAACGACUAUACCAAUGGUAUUAAUGCUAAUAGUAAUGAGAAUGAAUAUGGUGGAGAAUCAGUCAGUUGUAAAUUUUAUAUUCAAUUAAACAAUGAAAAAUUUGUACAUAAUGAAACUGGUGAACAACUCAAAACAAUUCUCGAAUAUACAUCUGAAGGUUUAACUGGUCAUUUGAAUUGUAAUCUAUCUUCAUUGCUUUUAACGGAAACUGAUCAAAAUACAAGUCAUGUAUAUAAUCAAUAUCAAUGGUCAAUUUUAUGGUAUCGCAGUGUAUCAUCCAAUGAACCGCUUAAUAUUGAAUCCAUUAAUAAAGCAUCUGGUGGGAUUAAAUAUAUCAUUAGUAAUGUGAAUGAAUACACUCAAAUUCUAAGUAUUGUGAAUCCGAAAAAGAUCUCAGACGAUGGUCAAUACAUUUGUAGAGUUUACAAUACAACAACUGGAAAAUUGUUAGGUGAACAACGAUUUCAAUUAAUCAUUGGUGAAUCAAACAAUGGCGACGAUACACAUAAAAAUCUUCUGAAACAUGAAUCAUUUGAGCCCAAAACAUUAUCAUCAGCUAUUUCAUCAGUAAAUCAAAAUCAGAAUGAAUUAUCCGUUGAAACAAAAGAAAAAGAAUUAUAUUUAAAACAAACUAUUCCUGUUGAAAAACCACAAAUCAAAGUAUCACGUCCAAUAGUGAAACGACUGGCAAAUUUUACAAUGGCUCUUCACAUUAAAUGGAUUGUUUAUAAUAGUCCAAUGAAAGAAUUACAUUAUCAAUUGGGUAUAAAAUAUUUAGGACGCAGUCGACAAACUCGAUCACCAAUGAUAUUAUUUCCUAAUGAAUAUAAUGCAAAUGUAAAAAAUCAAUCCAAUGUAGAUGAAGAAGAGGAAUUUUCAGUUCUGCCAAAUAUUUAUGAAAAUUCAAGUAUUAUAUUAGAUUUACAUGAUGUGUUUCAACCACAAAACUCUUACAGUCUACGUGUACUUGUUUUAGAACAUCAACUAUGGAGUCCUUGGACAGAACCAGUAAAUUUUGAUAAUAUGCUUGAUACUACUUUACAAAUUAUAUCAUUAGUAGUGAAUAAUAUAACAUGUCUUUAUGUUGAAUGGAUUUACAUACAACCCAAAAAUAAUUCAUUUACAAUCGAUAUAAACAAUAUGAAAGAGAUGAAAUUCACAAUUAUCUAUCGUAAUUUAUCCGGAAAUCCAAAUGAAAGAAAAUCUUUACUAGAAUUAUGGACUGAAUUUAGUAGAUUAAACGAUGCGAAACAAUUUCCAAUUGAUUUAUCAACUACAAGCAAGAAAGAAUUCGGUGAUUUACAUUUCCAGCAAAUCAUUGGUGAUAGUUCAUUAAAAGGUUAUUUACUGGAUGGAUUACAACCGAAUACAACAUAUGCAGUAUCUGUUUAUAUUGAAGUAACAAGAGUUUAUCAUGGUCAACAUCAGAAAUACUUCACUCGUUUAAGUAACGAAGCUGUUCAAAAAACACUCUCUCAUAUAAUUCCAUUGUCAAAUAAUAAUGAAAACAGUUUUACAAUGGAAAAUGCAACUGAAGAAAGUACAAAUACAAUUGAAUCUUCAUCUAUCUAUUCACAUAUUGAUUCCGAUUCAACUGUCAAUGAAUUAUCCCAAUUUCAGUUGGAUAGAUUCAAUUCAACUUUAUCGCCUACAACACUUUCUGAUUAUGCAGGAAUUAAUAGAACUAUGCUGAAUUCUUUACAAAAUAACAGCAACAACAACAUAAAUGUGAACAAUAGAAAGGAAAUUUUACGUGAUUAUUCACAACCAACUAGUUUGGCAUAUGCCGCCAGUUCAAUUUAUCCAUUUAUUACAAAACUAGAUAAUCCUGUUAGUAUACCUUUAAUAGGAGGAUAUCAAGAACCUAUUCAACAUUCAAUCCAGUCAGGAUUAAUCCCGAACGAUGUAAAUUCAUUUUAUACAACUGUCCCACCAUUUCGACAUUUACAAUAUCCUUUCAAUGGAAGCCUAUCAAUGAAUCCAUCAGAUUAUAGCAUUUUAAAUCAACUCAAUAAUAUGUCUGUCAAUCAAUUAAAUCAUAAAAAGUUUAUUCAACAGUUGGAUUUUAUAAAAAAUCUUCAAUUAUUUGAUAAACAAUCAAUAUUUCCCGGAUCAAAUCCACUUGGUUAUUUUUCUACACCAUUUUCGACAUAUACAGACAAUCUGACAGCUACACUGACCUUACAACAAUGGACAGAAUUAAUGAGUAAACCGGAAACUAUCGAGCAAAGCAAUGCAAAACUAGCCAAAGAUCCAUAUAAGAAAUUCGAUAGUAAAACAAAUUUAAAACAAUACGAUGUACAAUUAAACAAAACAGAACAACAAAAUCUAUGCUAUGAGAAUAAUAGACAGCAUAAAAGUCCAAGAGAAAAUCUAAGUUCCAGUUUUGCCGACAGUGGAGUUGACCUACCAAAUACUAGUAAUCUUGAAGCAGAUUCACUUGAACAUAAUUCAAAUAAAAAUGACAGUUCAGAGGAAAUUCAUACAAGACGAAUGAGUUUAAUAAGGCCCAUUGAAAGAGUUUCAUCAGGACCAUAACUAAUCUGAAUUUGUGUUAUAGCGAAUUCAUACAAAAAAGAGAGAAUAUCAAUGACCAUUAAAACAUCUACUUGUAGACAAGUAUAUCUCUAUCUUUCUUCAUAUACAUAUAUUUAUAUAUAAAUAAGUUUAAUUCAUCUAGGUACUUGAUUAUGUAAAUUUAUUUUAUAUUAUGAUACCUCAGAAAAAGAGGACUGUUCAAUCAUUUAUUUAUAUAUAAAUAUAUAUUUAUUUACA